UAAUACCACACAAAUUUGACAAGUACACUUUUCGGUAAAUUAUUUGAACUACCGAAAAAAUAGGUAUUUAAGUAAAAUGGAAAACCUGGCAGUGGGCCUGGCGGCCUUUUUCCAACUGAUGGGCUGCUAUUUUUUCUUCGAGCAGCCGGAAGAUCGCUGCUCGCAGGCUCCCGAUUUGGCCAGCUGGAUUUUCCUGGUGGCCACGAUGUGUUUCCUGUGGGAUACCUCCAUUUAUCCCCGUCGAUUUAUGCACAUGGACCGCUUUUGGCGUGUUCUCGUCGAGAUCGUGGCUGCCAUUUUCCUGGCCGAGGUGGGCACCAUCAUCAUUUGGUGCGGUCUGGAAAGGUUUCUGUACAGCCUGACGGAUCUGUUCCUGAAUUUGACGCACAAUGGCUGCCAACCCUCGCCCUUGGGCUAUUGGCUGUCGGGGCUAAUUACCAGCUUAGUGGCUUUGGCUGUGUUGUGGUACGUUCUCGAAGCCACCGAUGGCAUGUACUACCUAAUGAAGUUCGCCAGGGAGCUGAGCAGCACCACGAAGGACUUCUGGGGCAUGCUGCGCUGCUAUACUAAUAUGAAUACGCGGGAUAGACGUCGGGCCUUGAAGGUGUGCCAAUUGGCCAGACAAAUGCCCAACCGCCGGUCGGCGUCUCGCAAAUGCUGUCAGCAGGAUGGAGAAAGUUGCGACUGAUCCGCUUCUGUAUAUUUUCCAUUAAAUGUGUUUUUUAUCCCCUUUAAAAA